AUGACGUCAUCUAGUCUCGUGUCUCGGCCUCCAGAGCUGAGCUACGGGGAGGUGAACCAGCUCGGCGGGAUGUUCGUGAACGGCCGGCCGCUGCCCACCCCAGUGCGCCUGCGCAUCGUGGAGCUCGCGCAGCUUGGCAUGCGGCCGUGCGACAUCAGCCGCCAGCUGCGCGUGUCCCACGGCUGCGUGUCCAAGAUCCUCGCGCGCUUCCACGACACCGGCUCCGUGCUGCCGGGGGCCAUCGGCGGCAGCAAGCCGCGGGUCACCACCCCGGUGGUGGUCGACCGCAUCCGGGACUACAAGCGGGGCGACCCUGCGGGCAUCUUCGCCUGGGAGAUCCGGGACCGGCUGCUGGCGGACGGCGUGUGCGACAAGUACACCGUGCCGUCGGUGAGCUCCAUCAGCCGCAUACUGAGGCACAAGCUCGGGGCCCCGUCGCCGCCGGGGGACCGCGGCAAGCCCGGGGCUCAGCUGCAGUACGGGCCCGGGGGCUACCCGUACUCCCCGUACACCACCGGGCCCGGUGGGGGGCACCCUGCGGGGCACGUGGGCCUCCCGCGCAGCUGGCACAACAUCCUGGGCAUCCGGGCCUUCAUGGACCCGGCAGCGCUGAGCGGGUCUGACGGGGCCUCGGCUCCGGAGGACUGGACCCGGCCGCUGCCCCCCCACGGAGCCGAGAGGACCGGCAGGCCGCUGCCCCCCCACGGGGCGGAGAGGACCGGCGAGCCGGACCUCAAGUACCUCCAGCAGUCUUCGUCUAGUCUGCCCGGUUACGUCUCGGCGUGUGCGUAUUCUCCACCGCACCAGUACGGCGUGUACGGGGGUCCGGCAGCCAGCUACCUGAACCACUGGCAGACCUCCCAGACCCCCGGCCUCCCCCCCGGCCCAGCAGGUCUUCACCCCGCAGCAUCAUUUAAACUCCUCCCACAAAGAGACGGUGACCAGAAGCCGCCCAGUCCUCCGUACAAACACCUCCGACUGUCUUCAACGUCGUGAAGACGGCGGUGAGAUGUGAAGCUUUUGUUUCUGGAAAAAGGGAUUUGUUUUUGUUUUUUUGCUGAAGAAGAAGAGAACCGGAGGAAGAACACUCUCCCAUGACGUUUAAAACUCUUCAGGACUUCAUCAUGUUUCUCGAGACGAGCGGCACACACCGUUUAGUAAAGCAGAAGCACAACAAUCAGAUGUGUAAGAUACAUUGACUCUUUGUUGUUGUUGUUGUUGUUUUAAAGCAAUAACUUUACAUUUGAGGAGUCAGGAGUGAAGAGUCCGAUGAGAAGAUCCAUAUAUUUGUGGCAUAUGAAGCUAGCAGCAGUUUAGCUUAGCAUAAAACUGAAGACUUCCUGGAGUCUAAUCAUCUCCUCUGGAACCGCAAAAUAGUUUUUAGUUCCCGGUAAUGGACUCUUCCAUAAGCCCCGCCCCCACGUAGCCCACACUGUCACUAUUGCAAUCCCCGAAUAAAUAUUACCUAAACCUUCGAAAAACUCAAAAGUUAUUUCAGAGAGAAGCAGAAAAGAGUGACAGCUAUUCUUUAUUCCCUCUUGAGCCUCCACUCUGUCAACACUCUGUCCAAAAUUGCGUUGGAAUUAAUUCAUCUUGGUCAAUAUUUUGGUAAAGCUGUAAAUAUAUUUUUAUAUUUUGUGUUCAA